AUGGAUCGCAACACCAACCCGCAUCUCGGCGUCAACAAGCUCGGCCGCAACAUCCUCCAGCAGCUCACCGCCGGCACCCCCUCCACCCCGCCGCCGCAGCACCACCAGCCCCCUCACCGCCCUCUGCCGCCGCAGCACCAGCAGCCCAAGCCGCCCUCUAUGCGCCUCCAGAAGAUCCGCCCGCCCCCCAUCUCCACCCCCGUCGCGCGCCCCCCGCCCGUUCACAACCACCAGAUCCCCAACCCUAACCACAACCCCGCCUUUCACCGUCCGCCGCCCAUGCCCAUGCCCAUGCCCGGCCCCCCUUCCUGGUCCGACUCCCCGGUCUCCGCCUACAUGCGCAUCCUCGAGAACUCGCUCUUCAGCGCCACCCCACCAGGCGCCGCUGCUGCCGCCGCCGCUGCUGCUGCGGCAGCGGUUGGAGCUGCAGCGGCUGCGGGACAGGCGCCUCCUCCGCACCAUCCUCACCCGCCGCCACCGCCGCCGGUGCCGUCGCCAGGGAUACUCCCCUCGCCGAGCGGCUUUCUCAACCUGCUCUCGCCUACGCCCAGGUCGCCGUACCCGCUACUGUCGCCGGGCUUCCAGCACGCAGGACCACUCACGCCCAACUUCCCCGCGCUUUCGCCACUGCCAGGCACAGGGAUCCUUGGUCCAGGCCCCAUGGCUCCUCCCUCGCCUAGCUUCUGGUUCCCACAGUCGCCAUCAGGACUGCUCUCGCCUUCGGGCUUCUUGCCAAUUCUGAGCCCACGGUGGAGAGAGAUGUAG